AGCCACGCCCCCCGGACAGGCCGACCAAUCAAGCGCCAGCGGCUCGCCCCGCCCCUCCCGCAGUGCCCGGAUGUGGCUGACGCGCGGCCGCCAUCUUGCCGACCGGGGCAGCCAGCGAGCGCCAGUCAGCCGUCGCCGCCAUCACUGCCCGUCGUCCCCGCCAUGUCGGCCACAGCUGCCACCGCCCCCCCUCCGGCCGCCCCGGCUGGGGAGGGGGGUCCCCCCGCACCCCCGCCCAACCUCACCAGCAACAGGAGGCUGCAGCAGACCCAGGCCCAGGUGGAUGAGGUGGUGGACAUCAUGAGAGUGAACGUGGACAAGGUCCUGGAACGAGACCAGAAGCUGUCAGAGCUGGAUGAUCGCGCUGACGCUCUCCAGGCGGGGGCCUCCCAGUUCGAAACGAGUGCAGCCAAGCUCAAGCGUAAAUACUGGUGGAAAAACCUCAAGAUGAUGAUCAUCUUGGGUGUGAUUUGCGCCAUUAUCCUCAUCAUCAUCAUCGUUUACUUCAGCUCUUAAACCCCUGAGGAGCCUGCCCUGCCCAGAGAAGGGCCUCUCCCCCAUCCCAAGCUGCUCCUCCACCUCUCAGCCAUAUCUUCCAGUCCUUCCCCUCCGGAUCCGUGUGUGUGUGUCCGUGUGUGUGUCCCUGUAAAUAGCCAGCUGUUAUUUAUACAUAUAUAAUAUAUAUAUUUGGUCUGUUUGUAGUUUUAUUACUAGAAGAUUUUUCCGGUUGUCCUGAACACUCCUUCCUGAGGUUCCCCAUCACAAUCUUCCUCUUCCUUUCUCCCCUUUCCCUCUUCUCCUGCCCAGAAGUCCCUUCAUUUGCAUUUGCUAUGCAAUAGUCCUCCUUUCUCUCCUUCCCUUGGAUUUAACUAAUUCUUUUUCCCAUCCUGGCUUUCCCCACACCCAUACCUCAAACCCCUACCAAAAAAAAAAGUAAGACAAAAAGCAACUGUCCAGGCCUCCUAGGUGCAUCUUUGCAUCACUGGAAGGCUCUGAGACUGACCUCAGAAUCCCAAGGUAUUCUGGGAGCUUCCAGCUUGUUAAUUAGCAUUCGUUUUGCAUUUGACUGUACUUUUUGGUUAUCUUUUUUGUUGCUGUCACUCUUCAAUGUUUUAUUGUUUUAUUUAAUUUUUUUUUAUUAGAAUUAGCACCCAUUGGUCCUAGUUUUUAUACUUUGAUUUGCAUGACAUUCAUUGGAGGUGACGGGAAGCGGAAGGUUUCGGGCAGUCCUCUAUUCUGAUCCCCAGAAUCCUUCUCUCUUAUCACCUCUAGUCCAGUUUGCCUUCCUUACCCCCAUUUUCCGAACCUCUCGUUAUCCCCCUUUCCCUCCCCCCAGCUGGUGUGUAAGUGUCUUGGAGUUCAGUGUGUUAUGAUGGACCAAUAAUUCUGCCAUUUGGAGUCUCUUCCCCACAUUCCUGCUCCCCAGUUUUCAUGUGGGGCGCUCAACUGACAUUCCCAGGAGGUUUCCCUCUCUCCCAUCUGCCUAGUCUGCCUCCUCCUCCUCCCACCAGGAGAGUUGGGGGGUUGGCCACAGUCGGAUCUCUCUUGGGAGAGGUGGCUACCAGUGUGUGUAGAGUCAUCACUGCCUUGGGGCGGAGUGGGGCAGGGCAGAGAAUCCCCCCAGAUCUUGCCUGAAAUCCCCUCUGACCUAUCCCUGCUGGGAAUUGGACUGUAAAUCCUACUCCCCAAUUCGGGGGGUAUUGCUCCCAUCACUGCCCAGCUCCUUUGACUGCCCCCUGAGUUCUGGGGGAUACUAGUCACUGCCAAUGUGUGUUUGGGACUUGAUGGAAAAUGGAGAUGCUUGCCUUCUCUCUAGGGCCGUGGAGCCCAGAGAGAGCUGUCUCCUCAGCUAAAGUGAUAGAGGAAGCAUCUGAUGUAUUUUUCAAUGGCACAAUUUUAGGGGUCUGAGGGUGCAGUUCCUUAAACCUACCACUGGAGGGGAUCCCCUAAAUUAUUUUUCCCCUCACACUCAAAAGAUUUCUGUGUGGAGGGGAGCAGGGAGAUCUAAGCUGUGGUGUUAAAAGGGUAGGAAGAGAUGCUGGGGUGGGGGUGCUGUGUUCUAGACCCCCCCAUAUGAUCCCAGUGUCCCCUGCCCUCCUUCCCUCACCCCAUGCCCCCAGUUCUGUGGCGCAUCCAGAUUGUGAAAAUGUACAAUAAAUGUGUAAUGAGUAAUACAA